UUCAGGUAUGGCGAGGCAAGAGUUUAAAGCUGUAGGUGUUUUGGUGAGGGCGUGAAGGCGGUGAUGUGAUGCCACGACUCUCAGGUGCAGGUAGUAUGAGCGUGGGAGGAUACGAUGGCAAGAUUGCGGGGCUGUACGACUUGGAGGAGACGCUGGGACGCGGCCACUAUGCUGUCGUCAAGUUGGCCAGACACGUCUUUACCGGGGAGAAGGUCGCCGUCAAGGUGAUAGACAAGAUGAAGCUGGACGAGGUGUCGCGGGCACACUUGUUCCAGGAGGUGCGGUGCAUGAAGCUGGUGCAGCACCCUAACGUGGUGAGACUAUACGAGGUGAUAGACACGCAGACCAAACUCUACCUCAUUCUGGAGUGGGCGGACGGCGGCGACAUGUACGACUACAUCAUGAAACAUGAGAAGGGCCUGGACGAGGGUGCGGCGUGCAAGUACUUCCGGCAGAUCGUUCACGCCAUCAGCUUCUGCCACAAGCUCCACGUAGUGCACCGCGACCUCAAGCCCGAGAAUGUGGUGUUCUUCGAGAAGCUGGGAAUGGUGAAGCUCACAGACUUCGGCUUCAGCAACAAAUUUUGUCCCGGGCAGAAGCUGGAGACGUCGUGUGGCUCUCUGGCGUACUCAGCUCCUGAGAUUCUGUUGGGUGACUCCUACGACGCUCCUGCUGUUGACAUCUGGUCGCUGGGGGUGAUCCUGUACAUGCUGGUGUGUGGCCACGCGCCCUUCCAAGAGGCCAAUGACAGCGAGACGCUCACUAUGAUCAUGGACUGCAAGUACACCAUACCGGAGUAUGUCUCAGAGCCCUGCAGGAAGUUGAUAGCUCAAAUGUUAAUCAGGGACCCUGGAAAACGCUCCACCUUAGAGGACAUUGCAAGUGACCCCUGGCUGCAGGAGGGAUGGACAGUGGACCCAGCAGAGGUUCUCCCCCUGGUGUCCCGGCAACACCUCACAGAAGAGGACCAUGCUCAUAUCAUACACAAGAUGGUGUCCGGCAAUAUAGCAUCAAUGGAAGAGAUUCUCGAUGGACUAGACAGGAAUGAGUACAACCACAUAACUGCAACAUAUUUUCUGCUGGCGGAACGCAAACUUCGUGCUCACCGGCUCCAACAAGCUGACUUGGCCAAGAAUUCUGUCACUAGCCCAGUGAUGUCUGUCAGGAAAUCUGGAGGUAGCUUAGAUGAGAGCACUAUACAGAACACAUCAGACACCUCAAGGUUCAUCCAAGGCUCACAACUUUUCAAGGAUGACAUGGCCAAUGGUAUCCUUCACAACAAAUUGUCUGAGUAUGUUAAAAUUUUGCAGGUUCGAACUGGAGGACGUAUGAGGACAUUUAGUAUCUUGGAAGAGGAAGAGGAGGAAGAAGAACCAAGAGAAGAGAUAGAUGAGAAAAAGGAAGAAGAAGACACAUUAGAUAAGGGGCAGAGGUCACGAAGUGGGUCACGAAGUGGCUCACGUAGUGGCUCACGUAGUGGCUCACGUAGUGGGUCUAGAAGGGGAUCGAGAGCUUCCAGUAGUUCUUCCUUAAAAGACAAGUGUAUAAGAGACAUGAAGUUGGAUUUAUCUCUUCUCCAUCGCCUUGAAUGCGUUCGACGGGGCAGUGGUUCACACCAAGGCUCCCUUCAAGGGUCAGCUGCUACAUCUCCCUCUGGUGAUGAUACCCCUUUACCAGAGCCCCCUUUCCCACCUUCCUCAAACAUUGGACUGGGACGGGGAAGAGCAAAAAGUGCUGGAACAUCCCCUGCAACAACACCUCCAAGCAGUUUAGUACCACCCACUUCAAAUAUACAUAUUAAUAAUACAAAUAACAAUCUUUCCACACUUCCCCCACAAGGCCCUACAUUACCCCCACCCAGAAUCACCCCUCAGUCCUCUGUGUCCUCAUCACCUACAUCACAGGCAUCAUCUCCUACCUCUCCGGGACCACAACAGCUACCAUCGUCACCAAAGAAUCAGGGUUCUUUCUUCAACCAUAAAUUCAAAACAUUACCAUCACCUAACCGGAGACUUCAUUCUGUUAGAUCUUCACCUCAACUAAUGCUGAAUGAAAUAUUUGAAGAAGGGGAGUCAGAUGGGGAAGGCAGUAGUGGGAACAGUCGUGUUGCUAGCACAACAUCUGGGAACAGCGUAGGGGGUGCAGUUGCUUCUCCAGUUAUUAUGCGCAGACAUCGGCUUGUCAGGUCACGAACUGCAUCUUGCAGUUCUUCAGAUGCCUCAGAUGAUGACCAAGAUGCUCGAAAGAAGCGGCAGCAACGUGCUCUGACGCGACAUCUUACUCGGGAUUUUCAAGAUGAACAAUGUGAUUCACAGGAACUAAAUGGUGAAAUGCAGGAUGAACGAAGGGAUAAUGAAGUGACUGUGGAAGAACUCAAUGAUCAUACUCUUGUUCCACCUUCAAUUGAUUGCAAUGGUAGCUUACAAGGGCAAGGUAAUGCUCGUGGAAAUCGUCCCCUGUCUGCUGCGUGUGAUGAUGAACGCAAGAAUGGACCCUUAAAGGAGGAAUCUGGUAGCACAGAAAACAUGCUAGAUAUAGAUACAACAUUGAGAGAAAGUCGUUCUUUAAACUGUAUAGUUAUGGCUAGUGGAGAACAGGAAGAACUUCCUUUAUGUAGUGUUUCAGAAGCUUCACUUCUUGAACAGUGUGCAUCUAGUAACAUUACUGUAUCCACAGACAAUGUUACCACAAUAUACAUUGAAAAUAGACCACCUCUUGAAACUGAAAAUGAUGGAAGGUCUGUGCAGUCAGGAAAUUUGGGUGGUGACCGUGUGGUGAUACGUGUAACUGAUGACAAUGGACAGUGUCAGGAGUCCAUAGUUGGUGAUAUAGAUACACCAACGGACAUAAAGACUUUUUCUCCAAAAGAAUCAGGAUCUCCUCAAGUGAUUGGUGCUAAUGAUGUGGUAGUUGGGCUAGUGGACUCUCCACGGUCCGGUCGACCAGCAGGGGCUCGACCUGUGUCAGAUUCACAGGUAAUUACACGUCCACCACACUCUCCUUCUUUGACCAAAUCUGCAUCACAUAUGGAAUCUCUAAGUGCAUGUGGGGAGCGACCCUCCAACAAGUUCUCUCUACGGACUAGUUCUACCAAUGGAUCGCUGAUGCCCGGACGGAAUCACUAUGUUAUGGAUAUCAACCAGAAUGCAGGAGGACGAAAGAAUCGUUCUGAAAAAUCUAAUGGUGCACUAGCAAUACAGGGGACCUCAAAGUGUUGUAGUCUGUCUUGAGGCACUGGGUACAAUGUAGGAUACAUAAUGAGAUGAACUGAAAACUUACCUUGUGCAUAUGAGUGUUGUAAGUUCCCUAAAUCCCUUAGUGUAUCCAUUGGUAUAGUAUAUAAAUAUUGGAAGUCCUCUGCAGAUGUGGACAUAGGGUGUGAUAUAAAGAUGUGUUGUGUACAUAGGAGAGUCAACUAUUUUGAGAUGUAGAUAUGGACUAAGUUUUGUGUCCCAGCCUGGCAGGCCCCAGGAACAGGUGCAUAAUCACCUUGUUGACUGCCCCACCCAUUAACAAGUGCCAGCUUUACUCCAGUGUUUUCCUCAACCUGCUGCUGCUGCAGCACUCACUUUGGGCUGGUAUCAUGUCAUUAGUAACUAUCAACUAGAAUUGUCUUCAACAUGAAAAUGGCAGUGUCUGAGAAUGAAAAGUUGGUGUUGCAUAUUAUGUUGAUUCUUGGAAGUCUAAAGGUUAUUCCAUAUGGAAGUGUGUAAGUAAAUAUGCAUGAUGUUGUUUUUAGUGUACAGGUGCAUACCUUAUCAACAACCAAAUGUUGGGAUCUCACAAUUAAUAAGAAGCACAGCAAAGAAUCUUAUACAGUCAAUAUUUUUGUAAUAAACUUCUUUGUACAUAAGUUUCAUGUUUGUUCAACUGGUGGCAAUAUUUUUGUGAAUAAUAAAUCUGAGCUCUGUUGCCAUAUAUUAUGGAGCUCUGAAAUGUUUAUUGCAUAGAUGAGUUGAACCCCUACUUGUGACUGGUUAAGUUGUAUUAUCUUCCCUUCUCUCCUUUUCAAGUAUGGUACUUAUUGUAAUCUUGCCAACCCUAGUCAAGACCUAGUCUUCAUGUACACAUGGAAGCUUAGCCGUCACAGAAGCUGGUGGUGUCUCUUGUCUGUUGGUUAGAUUUGUAUUACAGUAAUUAUGGUGAAGUUAAAACACACUCUUUUUAGGCAGUAUUUCAUAAUCUUCAGUUAAAUAACAGACUUGUACAAAGUACAUGCUGUAAAGCAUAUUGAUGUGAUCUGUGGCGUAGGGCUAAGGAGUGGCAAUCACCUCCAGCCCCGGUAGGAUCAGGAUUUGAAUGACAAAUCAAGUGUUGCAACUCAGCACUUUCCGAUUUAAGCUAUACCUCUCCCAAGUUCCCUCCAUUCAUUGUGUUAUGUGUAACUCAAUAUUAGCAUUGAGCGUCCUAUUUCUUUCAUCCAUCAGAAUCUGCCACAUUUCUCUAACAGCUACUGUACUUUCAUAUGACACAUUUCUAUGACAUAAGGGGAAAAGAUAACACUAACCUAUGGCUCAUAAUUACUAAUUUCAUCACAAUAUAAAGGAAAAAAAAGCCCCUCGUUAGGUAUAGUUUAAUGUUCUUUGUUAGGUAGUAAAGAAUGUGGCUUAAGAAAUUUGUUGAAAUGGUGUUUCUUAUUUUGCUUUAACUGUUGUAAUGGUACAUGUUAUAGUCGGCAAUACUUUAUUCAAAAUUUAUUUAAUCAUUACUUAUCAUACUAAGUUAACCAUAGGUUUCUUCAUUCCAUGUUACCAGCCCAAGCUUCCAAACCAUUGCAUUUGAGAUGUGAUUGGUGAUUGUCAGUUGUAGACGGUUCUCUUUCUUAGCUAAUUUCUUACUGUCGGUAGGAAAGUGAGGUCUUAUUUCAAGCUCCAGGUGGUGCCACAUUUGACAAUGGUUAUAUUUGCAUAUGUUUCUGUAAAAUUUUUCCGCCUCUUGUCUCUGGUGUGACGCAGUGUAUGUGAUGGUAUCGGCAAGUUUUGGCCGUAAAAACUUGAGUGCUUCACUGAGGCUCUAUUUUACUAUAUAUACAAUGUUUAUUAAUUCUAUGGAAGUCUUAAAAUAUUAAUUUAAAGACAUACAGGAUGCAGCAGUAGCUGUACAAAAUGUAAUUUAAAAAUGAUUAGCUAAAUAGAUUGUUAUGUGGUUUAUUUUAUCAUUUCAUGCAAAAAUGCAUAAUUAUUUAAUUGUUGGUAUAUUCUGUUGAUUAAUUAUCUUGUAUUCUUCAUGGAUUGCUUUAAGACAACACUUUUUUAACAUGAUUGAUUGAAAUACAUAACUCGUACAUUUCAGUUGAACAAGUUUGACCAUCCCACAUUAUGAUCUUAUGAAGCUAAUUUAAAAAGUUCAGAAAAUUCAUGUGCCAGAUAAUGGGUUAUUUAUUUCCUGUAUUCCAGAUGUUUGGAUAUUGUUAAAUAGCUUUUCAGAUAUGUGACACCUGUAUUUAUAUAUGCAUGGAUGGUAGACUAUGAUUAUAAGUUUACAUAAAAUCAGUUUUUUUUAGACUACCUGGUUAUGUUUGAUGCAUGAAAGAUUAUUUAUGACUUGGAUGAACGUGGAAUUGUGUCAGAGAGAGAGAGAGAGAGAUGCGAGAAAUCAGUCCAGAUAUUGACAGAUUGUGUUCAAGACUUGUUGAUACCAGUUUUUUGUGACUAUCAAUGAGAGUAUGUGUUGAUUGUUCAGACUGUAAUGUAUGUUAAAACAACUUAGUACAGGUAAACCUAGAUAUAGUGAGUCUACAAUUCUUGAUCAUUCUUCUCCCAGUCAUUUAAAACAAACUUCUGGGUAAAUAUAAUGCCAAUGAACUGUUUAAUUUAAUUGAAUUUUGUCUUACUACAGGUAUAUACAGUAUAUAUAAAUAUUAUUAUUUUUAAUCAGCUUGUACUUGCUUGCCAAGGAGUGAUUUCCCACCAAAUUCCAUAAUGAACCCCACCAUUAUAUCUAGGUGAUUACUAAUUGCUGCCUCUUGUAGCUGAUGUGUUGUGCCUUUUGUUAGCUCCAGUGUCCAGUAGCAGCAGACUAGUAACCAUGGAAAGUAACAGUCAACUUGCUUGAGAUGGAAUAGAGCGUGAUCCCAUAUACUUGACAGUUUCACUAUAAACAUUUUGGUGCAACUUGUCAUGGUUCAGUAUACCAUUACAUGAAUUCAUGAAUAUACAAAAUGACAGAUUUGGAUGAUGAUGAUAGGUGUUUUAUUUUCAUGGUUAAACAUGCAAGUCAUGAACAAACAAGAAAAUAAAAGUCGGUCAAAACUUACGGUUUUGUACAUAGUACUACAACAUAACUUUGUACUUGUUUAAUCAAAUGUUUAUUAUGCAAUAUAUUCACUUCUUAAUCUCUUGACCACUAGUGUUGGGUUCAUAUAGCAUUAGUACCCAUCUUGCUUUGCAAAAACAUAAACCUUGUAUUUACAGUACGUCUAAACUAUAUUUUCUGCAUGGGGAGUUCAGCGUAUACGACCAACUUUUGACAAUAAAUUUGUUGCAUAUACACCUAACUAAGUGGAGGUUGUAACCAGUAUUUCUGAGUUAUAUACAUACAAUGCAUUGGUUUAGUUACUUCAUUAUGCUAUUUGUGAUUUAAAUAGGAGUCACCAAACAUUGUUUUAAAUCAUAUACCACCCAAUUAUGACACCUGUUGUUUAUAAACUAUGUUCUGAUUCAGAGAUCAAUGAUAAGGAUUUUUCAUACCCAAGGAAAAUCACUAUUUAAUGAAUAUUGGCUUUUUAUAUUAAACCUCUUCCUUUCACUUGCAUACAGGAUUAAUAUGCCUUGCUAGCAUAGUUAAAUGGGCAUUAUAUUUUUGUCAUGUUUGUGUAGGUAUGGGUAUGUCAUAUACAGUUUUUGACUAUUAUACUCUGUCUUGAUGCUUGAAUGAGAUUAGGGAUUCAUGUCAUUCUAACUGGAUAUAAUUUUUAAUCAAAAUAUUAUUCAGAGGAGAAUGUAACUGAAUAUUAUUGUUGUGGAUGAUUUAUUUAGUAAUUAUGCUCUGUAUAGCAUUAUGGGUAUUAACUGUAGUCUGGUGUACAAGAGAUUUAAGAUUUCUACAGUCACAGAUUGCUUGUAAUGUCAAUCUAGAAUUUAUAAGGUAAUUUUGUUAUCUUGCCAUCUUAAGCUCAUAUGACCCCCCUCCCUUUUUUUAUUGAAAGUACUAUAUAUCUGUUGGUGGUGUGGAGUCCACCAAUGGUAGUAAGAAUGAUUCCCUCUGCAUUAUAUGCUAAUUAGGCAAGAAAUGAACAUUUCAAGUUGUUACUCUUUUUGAGAAGAGGUAUUUGUAUGGAUUUUCUGGUUGUGUGCAUUGACAAAUUUUGGAGGGCCUCACACACACACAUCUUCAAAUAAUGCAUUCCUGGAAGAAGGGUGUCGACCUUUGUCAGUGAACACUUUCUGAUAGUGUACUUGUUUUAGUGAGGUGAACAGCAUUUCAUGGAAAGUUCACUUUAUUAUAUUUAGAUUUCAGAACAAUCUUUUUAAUUUGCAAAACAUAUUACUAUAUGCACACUUAAACUUUAUCAUAACCUAAUGUGCAUAGCCAGAUUACCAAACACCUGUCUUCUCAAAAAAAUUAACCCAGGAGCUGCAAAUUUGAGGAAAGUCAUCCAAAGCAAAGUUAGUUAUAUGUUAUUAAUGUUACAUAAGAAAAUUGUGCCAUGUUAAAUUGGUUUUGGUCUAAUUUAGCCAUUCCAUCUGUAUCAGAUGUGUAACCUUCAAUAUAUAGCAUGAAUGUAAUUAUCCUAAUCAGUCCAUAAUGGAAUACUGACCAGCUAAAUACUCCUGGAAAUCUUAGGAGUCUCACAUCAAAAACUACUGGCAACUGGAAUUAUCUCUUAUCCUAACCUGAAGGUACCACAACAAAAUGACCCUAUACUACAGAGUCUUAUUUUCCAGUUGUGUAAACAAAGGUUAGAUUGAGAAAUAGUUCUAUUGUGUAACAUAAAACUAUUCAGCUUUAAGUUUAGGUCUAAGGGAAGAAGACUACAGUAGCAUUAACAAUACCUGUACAGUACACUUUUUUCACUCUGAAUUUUUCCCCCCAAUAAUAAUCACCAAACUGAUGAAUUGAUAGAAAAUUUUCAUUUGAUUUCAACAUUUCUCUUGUUCAAGUGAGAUUUACUGCCUGAAACAACAACAUAAAAGUUUUAUUUCGAUUUAAAGAAAGUUUAGACAUACUGUAUAGCAUUUGAAUUGGCAAUUCACCAGUUAAGGUGACAAAUAACCAAUCAAAUCCAGCAAUAAUGGCCAUGAAUAGACAUUUGUCAUCAGAAGUGGAUAUUUCUCCAUCCCGAAGUUCAUUUUUCAUUACUUUUAGUAUAAACUGCUAUUGGCUUUAAGAAAGCAUAACUUGAUUGCUGUGUUAUGGUAUAGUUUCCAUUGCCAUCAUCUACUGUGUUUUAAAAUAGGUGGGUUGUAUUGCUCUUUUUCAUUAUUAUAUUGGGGGGGGGGGGGUGUGUGCAGUCCACCCGGGCACAGGUCAACGGGGCCUGGGGGCGAAACAUAUAAUAAAAUUUGUUUUGUACAUUUUUAACUUUCACAUUUUAUUGUUAUUAUUACAGGUAUUAUUAUUAUUAUUAUUAUUAUUAUUAUUAUUAUUAUUAUUAUUAUUAUUAUUAUUAUUAUCAUUAUCAUUAUUAUUAUUAUUAUUAUUAUUAUUAUUAUUAUUAUUAUUAUUAUUGUUAUCAUUAUUAUUAUUACUACUACUACUAUUAUUAUUGCCCCCAGGCCCUGAUGUGGGUCAGUGACCUGUGCGCAGGUGGGCUAAUCCCUGUUAAAAAAACAAAAACAAAUCUACUAUAAAUGGCACUGAAGAAAUUUCUUAUAUAUCUUAUAUACCUUUACUGCCUUACACAAAACAGUAUUUACUCCCAUUGUGGUGGCGGCAGCUUGAACACCUCUUCAAAUAGUGGCUCCAUGCGUAGAUUCCUCCUUAUCUUUUUCUUCUUCAAUUUCUGAAACAAUUCCAGUUCAAAGAAGUAUUCCAAUUCAGACCGAUCCAAUAUUUAAGGCAACUUUUCUGAUGUUGUGUUCGGAUCCUUAAUUCUAUUAAUAGCACCAGUAAUACUGUCAAGACUUGUUCUCCCAACUCUGUUACUAACAUCUCCAAAAGAUUGCUGGCUGGUCUCAGAACCUUCAACAGACAUCCUAAUUUCUUUUUGUGAUGAUCCAUAUUUACCACUUACCGGUAUGACCUGAUUAUUGUUGACCUUCCUUUCUAAAUUGGUAUUGGGGUCUCUAUAUUAGAUAUUUCUGAAUUUGAAAUCAGAUCUAAACUUGCUGCCGGAUGGAUGAGGAGCUGAAUGAACAAUGUGUGUGUGUGUGUGGUGGAUGUGAAUUGUGUUGUAUUCUAGGUAGUGCUGUGGUUGUUGUGGGUUGUGUUUUUGUACAAUAAAUGUGUAUUUGUUGUGUGUGUUUGUUUGUGUAUAUAGCAACUGUGUCUUGUUUUAAAAAUUUUAAAUCCAUGUACUGUAUGUAUAUCUUUGAGUACAUGUAUAUGUGUUGCAGGUAUGAGUGAAUGUAUUACAAAUAUUAUUGAAAAUAUUUUGUAAGUAUGAGUGAAAGCGUUACAUACUGACAACACUUAUUCUCUCAUACUGUUUUUGCAAUAAAUAUACAGUGCACACAUACAGUAAAGCCCUCUUGAUACGGAUUAAUUGGGGAGGAAAUUCAAUCAGUAUUAAGCAAAUUUCAGGAUAAAACAAGUUCUGGGUGGGGGGUUUAUUUAAUCUCGAAAAAAUCUGGAUUCACCAAGAAAAAUUGGAUGGCAAUCCUGAUUACCAUGUGUUGCACACAAACUCCAGCCUCAGCCACUUACAAGCCACUCGCACUGCUUCAGCCCUCGUGUGUGCAAUCUCUUUAACUCCUGUGGACAACCUCAAAAGUCAGUCAGAAGAAGGCCAGAAAGGAGUUUAGCUUGAAGGACAAGCAGGAAUUAUAAACUGUAUAUUAUACUGCAGGUUAGUGAUUCAAGUACAGUAAUUCAAAAGUGUUUAUUUAUUUUUUGCCACCAAGUGGGUAGAUCCGGACUAUUUCGUGUUAAUCCGGACUCAAUCUGGAUUACCAGAAAUUAGUCUGGAGUGGUUUGCCAGUCUGGAUAAAAACAGUCAGGAUUAAGAGGGUUUUACUUUACUUAAAACAUACGUAUACAUGUACACACAUACCCAAAGACAUGCAUCCAUGCAUUUAAAGACAUUAAAACAAACACAUCCACAGUCAUACACAGAACACACAUUACUGUACACAAAGCACACAUUCAACAUAAAUACAACACAUCACUCCCACUAAAACCACAAUACAAUCCAGAAUAACACAACACACUCCUGCUACACACACAAUACAACUCACUUAUUUUAAAAUACUCCAUAUGUAACUUCAGUGGAAAUUAUUAUACUAAAAGACACCAAUUAAUUUCUGCUUCCUUAAUGCCAAUACCUGUACAGUAUAGUAGUUUAUACCUGGUACUAAAAUGUCUACUCAUGGCCAUCAUUGUCAAAUUUGUGUGAUAAUUUGCCACUUUAAACUGGUGAAUUGCUGAUCUAAAUGCUGUGUCAAAAGUUUCAAGUGGAAAUAAAACUUCUGUGUCGUUUUCAGGCAGUAAAUCCCACUUCAGUAUGAGUAAUGCUGAAAUCAAAUUAAAUUUUUUUAACAUUUCAUUGACUUGGUGAUUUCUAUUGACGAACAUUGACUUUGAGUGAAAAAAGGUGUCUACUUAAAAUUUCAUCAUAACACAAGGAUUUACUGUGUUAACGUCAGUGCUCUCAUAGUGACUACUGAAGUGUUGGUAAAGGACAAUAAAUGAAACUGUCCAGCAAUGUAAUUAACAUGCCAGACAAAAGUACACACCUCAUAGAUAUCACAAAGUUGCCAAUGUAGAAAGUAAUUUCUCUCAAUAUUACAUCCUGUUGGUACAAAGUCACUGCUGAAGUAUGUAACUUGUUUCUAUGUAAUGUAUCAGUUUAUUUUAAUUUGAAAGCUGUAUUUAAUUCACGGAUGAAAAAACUAAGGAACUGAUUUUUUCUUUUUUUGCCUAACUUAACUGCUGUAAUUUUUUAUUGUAAACAAGCGUCUCAUACGCACACAGUAUAUGAACACUCAAGUACAGUAAUCCCUCACCA